CACAGGGGAAGACUAGCUGCUAGGAAAGCGGAAAUCUUUUUGAAGAGAUGAACAGCUGAAAUGAAAACCAAUGAUUUCAUUAGACAAUUUCACCAGUUGAAGCAUACAAUAUAUACUUCCAACAUAAACUUUCCCUCACCAGUGAAAUGCCACACCCUCUUUUUUGGCCUACUGAAUUUAGAAGGCAAUGAGCUAAAAUUAUAAUACUCUGUAUUAUAUUUUGAAUAUCCUAUGAGAACCCACUGUUGCGAAUAAUGGAAGCCACUUCGGAAAGGUCCAUUCAUCUGUGCCAUGAAAAUGGUGAUUGGAUGUCACAUCUGCCGGAAAAUCUCUGGGAUGUUCCUCUCCAUAACUUAUCCCUUCCAGGAAGCCAUGACACUAUGACUUACUGUUUAGAUAAAAACUCUGAUAUAAGUGUCAAUGAAUCAAAGCUGUUGCAGCUGAUAGAUAAAUUUAUGCCCUGCAUCAUACAUCCUAUUAUUAUGAAGUGGUCUAUAACACAGGUACUAAAUGUGUCAGAACAACUGGAUGCCGGGAUUAGAUAUUUGGAUUUUAGGAUUGCUCACAAGUCUAAUGACCCUUCUGUGAAUUUGUACUUUGUGCACAUGGUGUACACAACGGCUGUAGUAGAGGAUAUUCUGUGGGAAAUUUUGAAGUGGUUGCAGGCCCAUCCUCAGGAGGUCGUUAUCCUUGCCUGCAGGAAUUUUGUUGGAUUGACCAAGGAACUUCAUGAUCAUCUUAUCUCCUGCAUAAAAAAGAUCUUUCAUUCUAAACUGUGUCCAAAAGAUGUGGUUCCAACACUACGGAACAUGUGGACAUGUGGUUACCAGGUUAUCAUCUCCUAUGAGGAUGUGACUGAAGUAAUGAAGCACCAUGAACUAUGGCCUGCAAUUCCAUAUUGGUGGGGAAACAAGACUACAACUCACGAUCUUAUCCAGUAUCUGGAACAAAUGAAACAGAAUGGGCGCCCAGACAGUUUCUUUGUUGCAGGGAUUAACCUUACUGAAGACUUAGAGUACAUUCUGGCACAUCCAUUUGGAUCCUUGAAGAAAAUGACCCUUUCUAGCUUUCCACACCUGAAACUCUGGCUAAAGCAACAGUAUCCAGGACCAAAGAGGAACUGUAUCAACAUCAUUGCUGGAGACUUCAUAGAAAAUGAUGAUUUUGUGAAUGAUGUGAUAGAACUUAACAAAAAAAUCAUCCCUCUAUUACAUUACCAUAGUAAUGAGACUGAAUUAAAGGAUGUUUCAUAACUUUCAGCUUCAUAACCUUGGUAUUGAGUAGCUUUUCAUCAGCUCUCACAGGGAGGGCUGUUUUCCUGGUUCAGAUACAUCGUGUGUGUAUAUAAAUGACAUUUCUUCCUCCCAGGGAUGUUUUGAAGAUUCAUUAAUUGACGCUUUCGCACCAAAGUCAGAUUUUAAAAUACACAAUGCUUAUGGCAAGCAAAACUUCCUAUAACUAGGGAAUGGGGAAGAGCAAAAAGGCCUCUCCUUAAGUUCUCUAGAGUCUUUGCUGCGUAGGUGUAAUUUAGCUGGGAAGAGCAUAAAUAUUGCAGUAACAAAACUUUUAGAAAAUAAAUUUGUUUACUGUUGAUUUUUUUCUUUAAAUAUAUUCUUAAUGCAAAUAAUUUAGUUAUUUCAAUGAAAAAUUUUUAGGUAUGGAUUUAAAUAUUUGUUGUGUGUGUGUGUGUUUGCAACCUGAACAUCUCGGUUUGUACACCAGACAGUGAAAGUGACUAGUUUGUUUUCAUGGACCAAGGUGAGUGAAAUGUUAAAAGUACACAACAUAAUUGGCAAACAGAAAAUAAGAUUUUUAGAAUACAUUGUUUUGAUAAUCUAAGGCAUUAUUAGUAUGCCUGUAAGUAAAUUUAUUAAGACUGACAAAAAGAAAAGGAGUACUUGUGGCACCUUGGAGACUAACAAAUUUAUUUGAGCAUAAGCUUUCGUGAGCUACAGCUCACUUCAUCGGAUGUAGCUCACAAAAGCUUAUGCUCAAAUAAAUUUGUUAGUCUCUAAGGUGCCACAAGUACUCCUUUUCUUUUUGCAAAUACAGACUAACAUGGCUGCUACUCCAAAACUGAGUGUUCUUAAAGAAUCUUGGCAUUAUUCUGGAAAAUGUCAAGUUGGUCAUCAGGUGGGCAUUUUGGCAUCUUGGAGGGAACUGGCAAUACUGUACCCAAGAGGGUGCUGAAUUGAUCCUUUAGUGUCUGUCUUACAACCUGGUAAGUUUAUUAUCACAAUGUUCAUCAACAGUCUCUAUGCUAAUAUACUACUGUUUAUUACAUAUUCCUCAGGCCUGAUAUUGCCCCCAUUUUAUAGUCAUGCCAAUUCUGACUUCAAGAUAGCACAACUGGGCCCUCUGAGUAGAUUUUUGCCCAUUUAGCUUGAAAUGUCUUCAGCGAAGAGGCUGUUAUGUAGCCCCCAGUAAAAUAAAAGUAAGAUUUUUAAAAAUGUUUUUCACACUUUAUAAUACACUAUGGACUAAAGUCUACUUUAAUUUACACUGAUGUAAAUCUAGAGUAUCUUCAGUAGAGUUCCAAGUUGCUAGGCCUGGAAGUCAAGUCAAGUCCCCUACUAUUGUAGGCAACCCUUUCAUAAACGUAUCACACUCCAUUUUAAAACUAGUUGUUUCCCCCACUACGCCAGCGGAAGACUGUUCCAGAACCUCACUCCUUUGAUGGUUACAAAUCUUCCAACUUCCAACCUAAAUUAUGCUUUUGAUUAAUAUUUAUAUAUCUGAAAACAGACUCCCCCCCUCUUACUUAACAAAAUAGCAACUAAAGCAGAUAUUGGGUAUCUGGACUUACAUUGCAAAUCAUGGGUUUUAUGCCAUGCACUGAUUGUUAAUACUAUUUUUCUGUUUUCAUUUUUGGAAAACUAGGUGCAUUUUUAUUGAUCAUGAAAGUGAGGACCAAGUAUCACUGGCAAGAGCCAAGAGGCAGGCGUUGUAUAAGCUUCACUGUGUAGCUACGUCAGUAUACCUCAUUCUUUAGAUGCACAACACACUUUUUAUGCCAGUGGUGGGUUGUUAAGAUGAACAUCCACCCACUAGGGACAAGACUGAUCUCAAAUGGUAUUUGACCCCAAAUCAUAUUUGAGUUCCAGAAAUAAAUGGCCAGGAAAUUGCUUCCUUGUGAAACUUCACACUGAUUUAUGGGUGGUGUGUCAAUGGAAACCCAAACAUUGUUUAGAAACAAUUCUGCCAGUCUGUCAUGUUUUUUUUAUCCAUGUCCUUUCCCUGUUUACUGUUAGUAUAUACAAGUAUAUAGCAGUGAUGUAUUUUGUUGGAUUUAUAAAAGUGUAUAUAAAAUUUUUCUGUGUCAUUUGCAUAAAAUGCUGUAUUACAUGUAUUUAGAUAUGUUUUUCUGCACAGUAUUGUUCUCUCCUAGUAAAACUUUUAUUCACUUCU